AUGGCUCCUGGGCUGAGCCUCGGUCGACCCAAACUCAGUCUGGCGUUUGGGAUCACAGCCAAUCAGAGCACGACCCCUGUCUGCCGCCCAUUGGCUGCGGAUACGUCACCUGGGCAGGAACAGGAGGUGGAGGCGCGCACCGUGGAGUCGCUGUCCUCGGGGAGGAGCCAGAAAAGGCUGCGGUCGGUCAGCAGACGGACCUUAGCACGGUUCUUCUUAGCCAGGUCAUCCGGGUACUGGUACGUGUCCGCGAGCGUGGCCGUGUCCGACCUGGACAGGGACGAAGACGUACUGCUCCUGGUAGGACUCGGUCCGGCCCAGUCGCGCACUGGCCACGGACUUGUACGCAUGCGCGGGGUCGGAGCUGCAACCCGGAACCGGACCGAACUAUUACAACUCAAUCGCGGUGCACAGUACCUGCCGAUCGGACACUAUACCAUCCCUCCGGAGAUCAUCAAACCACCAACCGGGACACCCGCAGCAGCGAGCCGGAGGAGGAAGCGCUGUGAGCGGGGGCAGAAGAGAGGCAAGCGGGCGGGCGUCUGGGCGAGGCUAAAAGCUAAGCCCUUCAGACUACCGCUUCCUACCAUCUUCCUUUCUAAUGCGCGGUCAAACAGGAAUAAGAUGGACGAGAUCAGACUGCAACUCUCCACACUGAAAGCCUUGAACAACUGCUGCUGCAUGAUCUUCUCCGAGACCUGGCUAGACAGCUCCACUCCCGAUGCUGCUAUCGAGUUGGCGGACCGCAGCGUCUACCGAGCCGACAGGACAGCGGACUCGGGUAAGAAGACCGGUGGCGGCCUCUCCAUCUACAUCGCGAACUCUUGGUGCACCAACAAUACGGUUGUGGAUAAACUGUGUAGUCCAGACGCAGAACUUUUAUUGCUUAAGUGCCGACCGUUCUACCUUCCUCGUGAGUUCAGUGCUGUUUACAUAUGUGCUGUUUACAUUCCACCAGACGCUAACGUUAAGUACACACCCAAAAUCAAGAGUGCUGAGACCACCGUCCGAACUGUAAGAAUAUGGCCAGAGAGCGCUGUUCCUAUGCUACAGGACUGUUUCCACCACACAGACUGGGAGGUUUUCAGAGAGCAGGGCACAGUAACGCGGGAUAUACUGGACAAUUACACCACCUCUGUUCUAGACUACAUCUGCUUCUGUUUGGACAAUGUUACAACUUGGAAACAAAGCCGUGUGUAUCCUAACACUCCACCUUGGAUGACACACGGAGUACACCAGCUCCUCAGAGCUAGGAAUCGUGCUUUUAGGUCAUCCGGGUACUGGUACGUGUCCGCGAGCGUGGCCGUGUCCGACCUGCACGGGGACUCGGUCCGGCCCAGUCGCGCACUGGCCACGGACUUGUACGCAUGCGCGGGGUCGGAGCUGCAACCCGGAAGUAAGAACCAAUCACAGAGGCCUGAUCUGCUCCAGCAGUUUGGGCAGGGCCGUCCCUUUACUGUCUCUGACCUCCUGCAGGAGACACACGUCACAGCGGGAGAUGAUCUGGAACAGAGGGUCAGGGCUAGGGUUACCUACCACCCCACCCCCCCCCGUGGGACCCCCCCCCUCCUGACCCCCCCCGACCACAUGGACCUGGAGCCACUCACCUGGUUCUGGCCGCGGGCGAGCGGCCCGCGGCUGGGGAUGUACUUCACCCCGCAGCCGUCCGGGAUCAGACGCUUCUCCGCCAUCAUCUCGUCAAAGUCGCACGCGUUGAACUUGGUGAAGCCGUACUUCUUGGAGAUGUGGAUCUGA